UUAAAUAGACAAACAUUUUUGUUUUUAAACUGCUGAGGACUGCGAAGUGGAUUCCAUUGUAAACAAAACGAAAAUGAGUCGAUCUGGAGCAGAAAUUCAUCGAAGUGAAAACCAGUCAAAAGUAGUAAAUGAUCGUAUUACACACAUUGAGGAACACCUUGGUCAACUAUGCGAUAUUGCUUCAUCAUACACACGUAAAACUGCAAGACUUCGAGACAAAGGUGAUUUAAUGGCUAAAGAGUUAAUGCAGUUCUCUGAGUUUGAAAAAUGGAAUCCCACCCUGAGCACUGGCAUGUCCAAAUUUGCAGAAAGUCUAUCAGCAGUGCAAGACUAUCGAGAAGCAGAAGUGAAAAGGCUAGAAGGGAAGAUAAUCACACCACUAAUGAAUUAUGGUUUGCUUUGUAAACAAACAAAGAAUGAUAUAAAAUCAUCAUUUGCUGCCAUUGAUUUAGAGAUCAGCCAAAAGAAAAAGCUUGACAUGACCAGGAGUAAACACCCAUCAGACCGACAAAAGAUAAGCCAGCUUGAGAACUCUCUACAAAAAGCCAGCCUUGAGGCCACAAGGAGUAGCAAGAAUUUGGAACAACAAAUAGACAAAUUUGAGGAGAAAAAACUGAAAGAUUUGAAGAAAAUAUUUAGAGAAUUUGUGACGAUUGAAAUGCAUUUUCAUGCCAAGGCACUGGAGCUGUAUACUCAGUGUUUUCAGACAUUGGACAGCAUUGAUCCCGAGGCUGACUUAGAGGAAUUCAGGCACCAACUAAGGCCAAAAGGGUCCAUCCGGUCUGACAUAGCCAGAUCAGCAUCACAGGCUUCACUUGAUUCAAGGCAAAGCUCAGCAGGCAGCACAACGCCAAGAAAACCUGCCGCCCCGAAGGAAAAUACUCCAGUUGAUACAAGGAAAAAAAUUACUCCGCCACAGAAUUUACAAGAUGACAGUGAUGAUGAUGAAGAUGAUGACGAUGAUGAUGACGACGAUGAUGAAGAUGAUUCUGAGGAAGAAGAAGAAACUGAAAAUGAUAAAUUACCCCCUAGAAAAAGAUAAUGUUAUAUUAGUCAGCAUCCGUCCAUAAGUUUAGAUCUGAUUACUUUGUCCUGCCAUGGUGUACUUACAAAAUGAUCUGAUACCGGUAAAUUAAAAUUCUAGAUCCAUUUCUUUAUCCAAACUUUAUAAAACAAAUCAACUCUCCACUUCAUGAUUACCUAAAUAGCAUUUAUUUAGUAUUUUACACACCUUUUCAAGUUGUUCUAUUAUGUCUUUGGAAUAUCUGUGGUAACAUUGUUGCAUUAUACUGUUUACAUAGUUUACUGUACAUACUAAAUUUAUGUAUACCUUACUCUCCAUACUUUUCUUAAAUACUGUAUUCAUAAUAAUGCAUGUUAGUAAGUCAUUGUCACUUCUUGAAAAAUUUUUUAUUCUAUCUAUUGAUGUUGCGAUCAUAUAUCUCUCACGUUUCAUUAUCAUGAUCUAUAUUUUUAUUUUAAUUUAGGUAUUACUUAUUGAUAAUUUAUUGAAUUUCUUUAAAAUUUAACUUUAAAAAGCAUACAUUACCUGUAUAUUAAAGUUGGCAAAAUUAAUGCAAAAUUUAAAGCCUUGUGUUAAAAGUAUCACAUAAUCAGAAAUAUUCCUAGUAUGCUGUUGUACUAUGUCAAACAAAUACAUCUUUGGAAUCUUUGCACUUGCAGUGUGAGUCCUGAGACUACCUAUUGGUUCUCAUCCAAUAAGUUUGCUCUCCUGAAACAGAGUUUGAAAAUGUUUGAACAGCUUUUUUGUAGCAUUUGAGCUACACUUCUAUUUGACAAUAAAAUAGUUUUAAAAAAACCAGUACUUCUCAGAAUGUAUGCCAUACAUAGAACUUGAUGUAUUUAUUGAUAGUGUCUACACUAUUUUACUUGGUGCAAAUUUUCAUGAUCAAAUCAAAUUAA